UUGCCCACUGGGGGAGACUUAGGGGCCUCUUCCUGGAUCUCUAACCUGGUAUACCCUCCUUCACUCCUCUCAGUUGGCGAGGCCCGUAACCUCAUCCCGAUGGAUCCCAAUGGUCUGUCUGAUCCCUAUGUGAAGCUGAAGCUCAUCCCAGACCCUCGGAACUUGACGAAACAGAAGACCCGAACAGUGAAAGCCACACUAAACCCUGUGUGGAACGAGACCUUUGUGUUCAACUUGAAGCCGGGGGACGUGGAGCGCCGGCUCAGCGUGGAGGUGUGGGACUGGGACCGGACUUCCCGCAAUGAUUUCAUGGGUGCCAUGUCCUUCGGUGUCUCGGAGCUGCUCAAGGCGCCGGUGGACGGCUGGUACAAGUUACUGAACCAGGAGGAGGGCGAGUAUUACAAUGUGCCGGUGGCUGACGCUGACAACUGCAGCCUCCUCCAGAAAUUUGAGGCCUGUAACUACCCACUGGAACUGUAUGAGCGGGUGCGGAUGGGUCCCUCUUCGUCUCCCAUCCCUUCCCCAUCCCCCAGUCCCACCGACUCCAAGCGCUGUUUCUUUGGGACAAGCCCUGGACGUCUGCACAUCUCUGACUUCAGCUUCCUCAUGGUUCUAGGAAAAGGCAGUUUUGGGAAGGUGAUGCUGGCUGAGCGCAGGGGCUCCGAUGAGCUCUACGCCAUCAAGAUCCUGAAGAAAGACGUGAUUGUUCAGGAUGACGACGUGGACUGCACCCUGGUGGAGAAGCGAGUGCUGGCCCUGGGGGGCCGAGGCCCGGGCGGCCGGCCCCACUUUCUCACCCAGCUGCAUUCGACCUUCCAGACCCCGGAUCGCCUGUAUUUUGUGAUGGAGUAUGUCACGGGGGGCGACCUGAUGUACCACAUCCAGCAGUUGGGCAAGUUUAAGGAGCCCCAUGCAGCGUUCUACGCAGCGGAAAUCGCCAUCGGCCUCUUCUUCCUUCACAAUCAGGGCAUCAUCUACCGGGACCUGAAACUAGACAACGUGAUGCUGGACGCAGAAGGACACAUCAAAAUCACGGACUUCGGCAUGUGUAAGGAGAACGUCUUCCCCGGGACCACGACCCGCACCUUCUGCGGGACCCCAGACUACAUAGCCCCUGAGAUCAUUGCCUACCAGCCCUAUGGGAAGUCUGUGGAUUGGUGGUCCUUUGGGGUUCUGCUGUAUGAGAUGCUGGCAGGACAGGUAAGGGAAGCUGGGGAGAGGCUGGCUUGGCUAAAGGCAACACGGCAAGGGAUGCCACCUGUUCCAUGGCCUUUAUCUCAAAGGACCAGGUUAGGAAGGGAUGUCUGCCACCUAAGGAGGGGUGCUAAGCAGUUGGGGACGUCCUGCCUGGAUAGUGCUGUCCUUGGUCCUGAAGCACUAUUUUCCCAUAGGCCAGAGGUUCUUAAAACUUUUUGGUGCCAAGGACCCCAUCUCAGAACAAUGUGUUUAAAUGCAUGAAAUAAAAUAAUGGGAUUACAAAGGAAACAAAUCACAUUGAAAUGGCUAUCAAAAGUUUAAAAUUUUAAUUUAACUUUGUUCAGCUAACUAAAUAAAUUUAAUUUAAAAGUAUACAGUUAAGUAAAUAUUAACCAUUGGGAUGUGGACAUAUAUGUGAUUUCCUAUUAAUGAAUUAAAUAGUAAUAUCUCACAGUGAUGGGAAAUAAAUAGGAAGGUCUACCAGUAAUAUUGAAGUUGAGAUGACUAACAUUUUGAGAUAUCUGCAAAUCUAAUGUGCUGUGAUUUCUGUUGGUGAUGAAAUCACAGCUACUGCUAUUGUGGUUUUUGCCUACAUUUAUAAGGGAAUGCUAAAUUUCAGUUAGAAUUUUUAAAAAAUGAAGAGGUACUUUUUCCCCUGUUCAAGCUCAUGGACCCCCUCAAUUGUGUUUUUUUUUUUUUAAAGAUUUUAUUUAUUUAUUCGACAGAGAUAGA